AAGAGAGAGAGACCUGUGAAGUCAUUGUAUUACUCUAAAAAUAAAAUAAAGGAUUCAAACACCAAAACCCUUUUGUUAUUUUGUUUUAAAAUUGAAACCCCAAAAGAGAGAAAUUACUUCGAGGUUAAGAAGGGAGUGAUUCUCAGACUACAGUGAUGGCGGCUGCUUCACUUAAUCCCUCGUCAAACUUUCUAGCGUGAACCCAUUUCUCUUUCAGCUUUCAGGUCCAAUAGCAGUGACCCCUGAUCAUCUUAAAAAUUCCUGAUGGCAAUGGCAGUGACCCCUGAUCAUCUUAAAAAUUCCUGAUGGCUAGUGGUAUCUGUUUUUGGUUCUAAAACUGGAAACCGAAUAGAAAGUGCUUCCAAGUCUCAGUUGCUUGGCAAGUUCAACUUUUCUGUAUUAUAUGGUGAUUGCUUGCUUGUGGAAGAAGUUUGUGAUCUCUGUAUGUAUUUACUGGUUUAUAUUUAUAUGUGAAAGAUGGCACAUGGGCACAGGGACCCAUUUGAGACGGAAUGAAUGGAGAAAAAUCCAAACAUUAUUUUCAUGGAACAAUCUAGAGUUCAUAAACAAUUCAACUCUGUGGAACAUGGAAAUCGGGAACUCCCACAAGCAUCUCAGGCGAUUAUGCUAGAUCCUAUGAGCUGCUUAAAUAUGAGUAUAAGACCUCCUGAGCUAAAUGGAUCAGAAGUUAAACCUGUACUUAAUUAUUCCAUACAGACUGGUGAGGAGUUCGCUUUUGAAUUUAUGCAGGAUCGAGUAAAUCCUAGGAAGCCUUUCAUCCAAAACUCUCCGGGUGAAUCCAGUUAUGCAACAGGAUAUAUGGAUCUAAAAGGCAUUUUAGGCAUUAGUCAUACAGGGUCCGAAAGUGGGUCUGGGAUUUCAAUGCUUAACAUAGUAGAGAGAGUUCCAAAGGGGUUCGAAAAAAAAGAUUCUUUACAUGAAGACCAAAGUAAUUAUGGGUCACUUCAAUCAGUACCACAGACUUCAUUGGGAUAUGGGAAUAGUAGAGGACUUUCAGGAAUGCCACUUGGUGCCUCUUAUGGAACAUCAUCAAAGAUGAAGGUUCUCUGCAGCUUUGGUGGGAAAAUCCUUCCUCGACCAAGUGAUGGAAAGCUAAGGUAUGUUGGAGGUGAAACACGUAUAAUUCGCAUCAGAAAGGAUAUUUCAUGGCAAGAACUUGAGCAGAAGAUAUUAGCUAUUUAUGACCAAACUCAUGUGAUUAAGUAUCAGCUUCCAGGAGAGGACUUUGAUGCUUUAGUGUCUGUGUCGUCUGACGAAGAUCUGCAGAAUAUGAUGGAGGAAUGUAAUGAACUUGAAAAUAAAGAAGCCUCGCAAAAGCUUAGGAUGUUUUUGUUCUCACUGAGUGAUUUGGAGGAUACUCAGUUUGGUCUGGGCAACACGGGUGGUGAUUCUGAGAUUCAGUAUGUCGUAGCUGUCAAUGGAAUGGACUCGGGAACUAGGAGAAGCUCUACUCUGAAUGGGUGGGCAAGCUAUUCAGCAAACAAUCUAACAGAAUUAGAUGGAAAGACUAUUGAAAGGGAGACAAGCAGAGUUUCAAGAGACUCUGUUGUGGUUAGCUGUUCACCCUUUCCUGGCAUUAUGGUGUCAUCAUCAGCUUUUCAGUCUUCUCAAUCGGUUCUACCAAGUUUCUCUGAUGCUUAUGAAAGCCAUCCACAGUUUUAUCAUGGCCAGACAAUGCAGUAUCCAUUGCAGUAUGGUCAUAAUUCUUCUAAUUAUUCCUAUAUUGCAGAAUUUUCUAAUUCAGUUCCUCCUAAUGGGUUUAUGAAUCAGCAUGAACACUUGACUGAAGUUCAAUCAGGCAAUGGUCUACAACAGAAUCCACGGAUGCUGGUGACAGAGUUGAAGCCAAAACCUGAAGGUUCAUGUAACCAGGAUAAUGACCUUGAAAGACCUCAUCCCUUGGAAAAAGAUCACCCUGUUUCUUCUCAGCCACAUGAUGGAAAGGUGAUAAAGCAUUUUCCUCUUGAAGAAGUGCCAGUAUCAGUUGCUUCACCAGAUGUGCCUUUCUUGACUUCUAAAAAUGAAGCAAAGUAUCAGGAAAAUGAACAAGUUGUGUCAUCUGUAGAUGUUGUGAAUCCAGUGAUGGUUCCUAAACCGGGUAACGAUGACUAUCAUUCUAUGUCUAGUGGCACAUUUGGUCAAGGUUUUGGAGAUUCUGAUUCUAAUCCAACUGAUUUGAGCUACGUUGAGGCCCCGGUGCCUCCUCGCAAUGUUUAUUAUUCAGAGAGAAUUCCUCGGGAGCAGGCAGAAUUGCUGAACCGAUUGUCAAAGUCCGAUGAUUCAUUACGUUCUCAGUUGCUCUUGUCUCACCCACAGUCUGAUGUAGCACCGCGAGAUGCAGCCGCAGAAACUGUUGACAAUGUACGUGAUAGUAAUAUGGUUCCCCAUAGUGAAGUCUCAGUGGCAAAAGCCUCAAAUAUAGCUCAUCAAACCAUUGAUGAUGGGCUUGCCCAACUGCAGAAGUACAAAGAAUUUGCUGAUGCUAUUUCGCAGAUGAACUCAAAGCUUUCUGAAGAAGCGUUGGAUACAGGUUUGAAGAAGGCAGAUUCAAACCUUGUGGACAAUAUGCAAACUGCAAACAAGGAUAGGGUUCAGGUUGAUCAUAUGAGAGAUAACCUUCCAGAUGAUCAAAAGACACUCUCAUUUGUUGAGAAAACAGAAACUGGAUCAGGACUUCCUGCAGUAGGCGAACCAGCUUUUGCUAUGCACCAUGAGGCUCCUCAACACAAUCUUCCAAAACCAACUCAUGGCAAUAUGACUAGCCCUCCAGGACAUUUUCAGGCUGGUUUGAGGACAGAGAGUUCAACUAACGAUGAUUGUACAGAACACCAUGAUUUUGGUAUUUCCAGGACACAGCAGGGAGACAUUCUUAUUGAUAUUAAUGAUCGAUUUCCUCGUGAUUUCCUUUCUGAUAUAUUUUCGAAAGCAAUGCUUUCUGAGGAGUCCUCUGGUGUUAGCCUGCUGCAGACAGAUGGAGCUGGCCUGAGCUUGAACAUGGAAAACCACGAGCCAAAGCACUGGUCAUAUUUUCAAAAGUUGUCACAAGAUUAUGGUGAAAAAGAUGGUUCCCUCAUCAACCAAGAUAUUAGAUUGGAUCAGUUAACCCCAGCAGAGGUAGUUCCAUUAACCCAAGCUGAUUCCAAUCAAAAUUUUGAUGAAGACAACCAGAAGGACAACCAACCCGUAGAGAAAAUUACUGAAAGUAUGCAGUUUGAUGCCAUGAUGGAGAACCUAAGAACGCCAGAGUCAGAAUAUGAGAAGGGGAAGUCAGAAAAGAGGAAUAUUGGUCUACCUCCUUUGGAUCCUUCUCUGGGAGACUUUGAUAUCAAUACCUUGCAGCUCAUAGUGAAUGAAGAUCUUGAAGAGUUGAGGGAGCUGGGUUCUGGUACAUUUGGGACUGUAUAUCAUGGAAAAUGGAGGGGAUCUGAUGUUGCCAUCAAGAGAAUAAAAAAGAGCUGCUUUACAGGUCGACCAUCUGAGCAAGAAAGAUUGGUUCUAGACAUUUAG